AUGGCUUUCAAUCUACCAUCUCAACAUCGCGCCCUUGUGCUCGAAAGCAUCGAGGCUGGCUUUCAGUUUAAAUCAGUUCCAACACCACACCCCAGCGAAGGCAGCGCCAUCGUUCGUAUCGAAGCGUCGGGAGCAUUGUCGUAUUUUCGUGAGAUUUAUAACGGGAUGCUCGGAUACUCGUUUCCUACACCAAUUGUGGGCGGUUACUGCGCGAUUGGCCGCAUCGUCGCACAUGGAUCAGAUGCAACGGUCUUGCAGCUCGGACAGCUCGUGUUUGUCGACUGCGUCAUUCGUGCACGCGAUGACCCGAGCGCUCUGUAUCUGUCGGCGAUCCAUGACGGAGGCAGUGAAGCUAGCAAGAAACUGAUGAGAGAAGUCUGGCGUGACGGAACACUGGCUGAGUUUGUCAAGGUGCCGCUGGAAAAUUGUAUCCCACUUGAUGAGGCGAGGCUGUGUCAAGGUUUGGGCUAUUCUGUCCAGGACUUGAUGUAUCUUUCCUACCUCCUAGUACCGUUCGGCGGGCUACGGGACAUCAAGCUCGAACCCGGCGAGACAGUUGUUGUGUGUCCAGCAACUGGUGGUUUUGGUAGCGCAGGUGUAAUGGUUGCAAUUGCAAUGGGCGCUAGGGUGAUUGCUUUGAGCCGGAAUGAGACGAAGCUGGCCAAAUUGAAGGAACAUGUGAGGAGGGGAACACCUGGGGCAAAUAUAGAGACGGUGACGUUGACCGGAGAUGAGAGCGCUGACACUGCCGCAGUAGCAGCUUUUGGCAAGAUCGAUGCCAUAUUGGACCUUUCACCCCAUAGCGCUGCCAAAUCAACCCACUUGAAGAGCAUUGUGAAUACGCUUCGACCGAAUGGAAGAUGCAGUUUGAUGGGCAUGGUUGACGUUGCCAUACCAGCCUGGACGGUUGUUAGCCGCAACCUUUCAUUCCGUGGUAAGGUGAUGUACGAAAGAAAUGAUAUACUGCAGUUCAUCAACAUGCUAGAAAGAGGUAUGUUCCCAAGGGGGGAAAACUUUGUGACUACAAAGGCCUUUAGCUUGGAGAACUGGAAAGAAGGCUUUGCAACAGCAGCAGAGUACAUCGGUGUUGGCCAGAUGGUGGUUUUUACACCAUAA